GAUGCAAGUAUGGACAUAGCAGCCUAUGAUGAUUACCCCAGUCCACCGUGCCAGAGAUAUUGAACGGAAGCCUGAAUACCUCCAGCCAGAGAAGUGUGUUCCACCUCCGAGCCGUGCUGCCCUGGGAACAAUGUGGUUUAUCCGAGAUGGCUGUGGUAUUGCAUGUGCUGUCGUUACCUGGAUGCUGGUGUUCUAUGCCGACUUUGUAGUCCUUCUUGUCAUGCUAGUUCCAUCAAGAGAUUAUGUUUAUAGUGUCAUCAAUGGCACGCUGUUCAACACCCUGGCUUUCCUGGCUUUGGCUUCGCAUUUUCGUGCUAUGCUGACAGAUCCCGGUGCUGUACCCAAAGGUAAUGCCACAAAGGAGUUCAUUGAGAGUUUACAGCUGAAGCCAGGACAGGUGGUUUACAAGUGCCCAAAGUGCUGCAGCAUCAAACCUGACAGAGCACAUCACUGCAGUGUUUGCAAGAGGUGCAUCCGGAAAAUGGACCAUCACUGCCCCUGGGUCAAUAACUGUGUGGGAGAGAAUAACCAGAAAUACUUCGUACUGUUUACAAUGUAUAUAGCACUGAUUUCCUUGCAUGCUCUAAUCAUGGUGGGAUUUCACUUCUUGUAUUGCUUUGAAGAAGACUGGACGAAAUGCAGCUCCUUCUCUCCCCCGACGACGGUGAUUCUCCUCAUCCUCCUGUGCUUCGAGGCUCUCCUCUUCCUCAUCUUCACCUCGGUUAUGUUUGGGACCCAAGUACACUCCAUCUGCACGGACGAAACGGGAAUAGAACAGUUGAAAAAGGAAGAGAGAAGAUGGGCUAAAAAAACAAAAUGGAUGAACAUGAAAGCAGUAUUUGGCCAUCCCUUCUCUAUAGCAUGGCUUAGCCCAUUCGCAACACCAGACCAAGGAAAAGCAGACCCCUACCAGUAUGUGGUCUGAGGAAUUCCUGACCAGCAUUGCCACUAAAAUAGAAACCAAUUACAGCACUACUGGUGUACCUUUUCCAUGAAUGUGGAAAACAAAAAGGCAAAACAAACAUUUUUUUUUAAUACCUGUUCAAUGGCUGAUAAUUGCAGAGAA